AUGGCAAAUUGGAUCUCCUCCAAACUCAAAGCCGCCGAGAACAUUCUCCAUCAGAUCGAUCAGCAAGCGGCGGAAUCGCUUCGGAAGAACGACGAGAGGCUUCAAUUAGAGGAACAAGCCAGUAUCGAUGCUCCUGUGAAACCAGGGAGUGGUUUGGCUCUGAAGGGUCAAUUGAAGAAUCAAUUGAAGAAGAAAAUCCCUGAGAAUAAUGAUUAUAAUGGAAAAUUGCGUAGUGAUCCUAAUUUCAGCGUGCUUAAAACUACACCAACUAUUGCACCUAAACAUUCCCCCAAACCUAGCCCUACCAUUACGGACGGUGAUUGGACUGAACUUCUUAGUUCACCUACUCAGCCUACAGCGUCAGCUUCUGGGGGAAAUCACAGUAACGGUGUACCUGCAGCUCGAUUUUUAAGGCAAAAUAGUAGGAAGCAGAGGAAUUCAUCUGUGUCUGAUAUAAAGAGGAAUCAGAAGAGUGGUAACAGUGGUCCAAGGUCUUUGCUGAGAUUAGACUCUGUUAAAGGAGCUAAAUUGAAUGGAAAAAACAGUGAUGAUGGGAAGGAAUCUACCUCUUCGGGUUCGACUGAUAGGCAGUCUAAUGUAGAAUUGGAAACGGAUGGUACUAGAGGACAGGAAUAUGUUAGCAAUAGCAGUUCUGAUAAGCCUGUGAUUGAGACCAACAAUAAGGAAAAGGAAGAUCGUGAGCACCGAUUUAGUUAUAGGGACUUGUCUUCACCCGAAUCUUUACGGGAAGAUGACAAAAAUAUUGUUGCUGAGGCGAUACCAGUAAGGGGGGUUGAUAAAGUUCAUGCAGCUAAGAUCCCAGUUGAUGUUGGCAGUCGUCUGAAAAAUGUGAUAAAAGGGAGGCGUGAGCUUAAUUCAGUGUCUGACAAUUUAACAUCCAAUGAUUUGAAAAGUUCCAUGGCAAGUGGCGAAAGUUCUGAUUCGGAUACAGAGUCCGGUUCAACGUCUGGUUCCGAAAGUGAACAUGAGAGGGAAGAAAGGAGAAAGAAGAGAGAAAGGAUCCUAGCUGAGAGAGCAGCAGCUAAUGCAAUGAUUGCUAUCAAGGAAAAGGAGAAUAUGGUGGCCAAAUUAGAGGGAGAGAAACAAAGUCUAGAGAAAAUACUUGAGGAGCGAGCUCAACAACAAGCACAAGAGGCUUCACACCUUCAGAGUACUAUGAUGGAAACAAUGGAAGCUGUUGAUUUAGAAAAGCAAAAACAUAAUAAUACUAGAAUGGAAAUUCUUACUCGGUUAGCUAAACUGGAGACUGCUAAUGCCGAUCUCGCAAGAUCCCUCGCAGCUGUACAGUGGAACUUUGAAGUAGAGGCCAAACAAGUAGUGGAACUCAGACAAAAACUUGCAUUGAAAGAAUCUGUUCUUGAAGAGCUCAAAAAGAGCACGAGGAAUCCUCAUCAAACUGGAGCUUUGCGAAAUCAACUAGCUUCAAAAGGAGUUGAGUUUGAACGAGAAAUUCUUGAGGCUGAGCACUCUUUUAUUAAUGAUAAAGUUGCACAGUUACAGGAAAAGGCAAGGAAGCUUGAAGCUGACAUUGAAAUGACGAGGAAAGAGAUAGAAGAGCCAACGGAAGUUGAAUUUGAGCUCAAGCGGAGGCUUAAUCAAAUGACUGAUCAUUUAAUACAGAAACAAUCUAAGGUUGAAUCACUCUCUUCUGAGAAGGCAAGCCUUACAUUUAGAAUAGAGGCAGUGUCAAGGUUGCUGGAUGAGAACAUGUCAGUGUCAGCUAUGAACCCUGCCUCUUCAUCAAGUGACUUAGAAUCUGGAAUGUGGGAGCUCUCUAAUUCAAAAUUGAAGCCUAUGCUAAAAGCCAGAAUUCACUCGGGCAAAAAACACCUGGGGUCAUUGCUUCAACAAUUAGAUUAUAUUUUUGUGACUGGUGCACUUGUUUUAAAAAGGAACUCAACGGCCAAACUAUGGGCUGUGAUUUACCUUGUCUGCCUUCAUUUGUGGGUGAUUUACAUUCUGACAUCACAUUCUGGCCCAUCGGAUGGAGGUAGAUCUGGUGCUGUGGUCUCAUUGGAAAACAUCAAUAACACGGGAGGAGUAUGA